AGCAUCCGUUAGAUUAGAGCUGAUAGUAUAAGUUUUAAAAACCUACGGGAAAGUGAGAUAAAUAGUCUGAUCAUACUACAUCCGUACAUCUGCUGCAGAGGAAGAUGGAUAAUCAAGAGGCGUCGGAAGCCAUUAAUGCUCUCUCUUUGAAGGAUUCCUCAUCUAAACCUCCAAUUUCCACUUCCCAGAUAAUGAAUAAUCAAGAGGGUUCAGAAGCCAUUGAUGCACUCUCAUUGAAGGCUUCUUCAUCCGACACUUCCAUCGCCACUUCCCAGAUGAGUGUGGAGGAGAGGUUCAAGAUUAUUAGGAAUAUUGGGGAGGAAUGCAUACAGGAGGAUGAGUUGAUGGACAUGUUAGCAAAGAAGCCGCAGCCCAUCUGCUAUGAUGGUUUUGAGCCUUCUGGUCGAAUGCACAUUGCUCAGGUACAUAGAUGGAGUUUUGAAGGCACUCAAUGUCAACAAACUGACUUCGGCCGGCUGCAAGGUGAAGAUCUGGAUUGCAGAUUGGUUUGCACAACUAAAUAA